GCUUGAAGAAACCUCAUGGUCCAUGCUUGCAGUCUAGUAGUCAGUGGAGGAAUGAAGCGGGAGGAAGCAACAGCUGCAGAUGCACGAAACACUGCGAGAUCCCCAUUGAUGCUCUCGGAACCCUGUUCAAGGGUCUUCAAGACUUUGGGUUUCCUACGGUGUUCGCACACUUCACGCUGCAGGUGGAUACUGUAGGUAGAAGGCGUGGAAUUCGAACCUUCCGCCCGUGCGCUAUGUUCCACCAGCUAGCCAACCUGGAGGCGGCAAACGACACCUGCCCGGGGGCCACCGGCCCCGCCGGCACCACAGCCGCUUCCUGCAACGCCACCUUGGCCGGUGACGCGCUACAGUUGCCCACUUUCUCCACGGCGGCCAAGGUGCGAGUCAUCAUCACCUUCAGCCUGUGCGCCGUGUCGGCCUUGUGCAACCUGCUGGUGCUGUGGGCGGCCGGCAAGGGCGGCAGGCGCAAGUCCCACGUCAGAAUUAUCAUCAUGAACCUGACCGUGGCCGACCUGCUGGUCACCUUCAUUGUGAUGCCCGUGGACGCCGUGUGGAACAUCACGGUGCAGUGGCAGGCCGGGGACGCCGCCUGCAGGCUGCUCAUGUUCCUCAAGCUGGUGGCCAUGUACUCGUGCGCUUUUGUCACGGUGGUGAUCAGCCUGGACAGACAGUCGGCCAUCCUCAACCCCCUGGGCAUCAGAGAAGCCAGGAAGAGGAGCAAAAUUAUGCUGACCGUGGCCUGGAGCAUGAGUGUCAUUCUAUCUCUCCCUCAGAUGUUUAUAUUUCACAAUGUGACCAUCACUGUGCCGGAGAACUUCACGCAGUGCACCACCCACGGCAGUUUCGUCGAGCACUGGCAGGAGACGGUCUACAACAUGUUCACUUUUGCGUGUCUCUUUCUCCUUCCUCUGGCCAUCAUGAUCUUCUGCUACACCAGAAUCCUCAUUGAGAUCUCCAGCCGCAUGGCUCGCAAUAACUUGCAGUCCAGAGACGUUCAUCUCCGCCGCUCUCACAACAACAUCCCAAAAGCCCGAAUGAGGACUCUUAAGAUGAGCAUCGUCAUUGUGACAUCGUUCAUAAUCUGCUGGACCCCGUAUUACCUGCUGGGCCUGUGGUAUUGGUUGUUUCCGGAAAGAAUGGAAGAAACGGUCUCUCAUUCUCUCACCCACAUGCUGUUCAUCUUCGGCCUCUUCAAUGCCUGUCUAGACCCCAUCACGUACGGUCUGUUCACCAUCCACCUCCACGAGGGCCGAAAGAGUUCCAGUCGGGCCUCCAACACGCAGAUCACUUCGGAAAACAACAAUUGCUUGAUGCGCAUGACUCGCCACCACGUGGCCUCGGGGGGCCAGCACACGGAUGUGGAGGAAAGAAGCAAGAACAGCAGCUUAACUACUGGUUCAAGGCCAAUUGUGCCCGUUAGUGAGAUUUAAUGUGGACUAAUAAGUCUUGUAUUGUGAUCAAUGUUCAGAUCUCAUCCACACAAGUAAUCAUUGGUGAUAUUUAAUAUGAUUUGACAAAACGCUGCUGACUGAUGUGUGCCGUUUGCUCUUACAGUGCAUGCCCAAGGGAGGGGAUUUGUCAUAAUACAUUUCAUUUACCUUACAAACCCAGACUGAAGAAUAUACCCACAUAUCUAAAUAGAUCCAUCUUCUUACUACAACCCCAAUUCCAAUGAAGUUGAAAAGUUGUGUUAAAGAUAAAUAAAAACAGAAUAAAAUGAUUUGCAAA